CCAAGGGAUGGAAUACAACCCCCACCGCCGCCAGCACCGUCACCGCUGCCGCCACCGCACCAUCGCCGAACAACCAUCCCGGCUGCCACGCAGCCGUCGACGACGAGUGACUGAGUCCUCCGAUUAUUAUCUCAUUUGCCGCCACGGCUAGCGGCACGCGACGAACCCCGUGCCGACCAGCUCUGGGAUCCAUAGAUCGUCGUCCCGCCUGACCGCUGGAUCGUCCUUUGCGAAGCGCCUCCACAACUUUGAGGAUCCCGCCGCUCGCCGUCGCGUCGUCGCAUCUAAGCGCGUACAGCCGAGAAAAUGACGACGACCACGGGCGACCCGUCGACGCUGAAGACCCCGGCUUCCCUGUCGGGUGGAGAUCUCGUUUCUCGUCUACUGGCGGCCACUCCUCCGUAUCUGUACAAUGUGCCGCUGACGCCUCACAGCUUCUUCUUCAGCGAAAUGUUGCGCUCCUUCGUGCAGGCCAAAACGGAGGCAUCGUCGACUGGUAACGGUAGCGGCGGCGGCGGUGGUGGUGGCGGCGGUACGGCGAACGCGCCACGACGCCGCAAGCGAUCCUGGCGAGACGCUCGAGACAGGCCAUUGGAGCUCACGACGAAGGAACGGCCGCAUCAUCAUCACCAUCAUCACCAUUAUCACCAGCAUUCGGAAAAGUACUAUCACUCCACGGCGCAGCAGCAGCAGCAACAGCAGCAGCAGCCGCCGGCUCAGGUACUGCCGGAGACUCGUCUGGAGAACGACGGCAAGCGAUCUGACGCCUAUCUCGACACGUUGGAGAACAAAGUCGGCGCGACGUUCGAUCAGAAGCCCAACUUUGGCGACGACAUCCUUAAACCGAUCGACGAGAACAAGACCGAGUUUCCGCGUCAGCACGGGACCAAGAAUUUCUUCGACGAACGACCGCGACACUUGGAGCAGCCGCCGGAGAACGUAUUCCCUGGCGGAGAAACACGGAAGGUCAAGCCGGAGGAUUCGCAGCAGUUGGACCGCAACGGCGGUAGGAAUUGCAAUUUCGACGGCGGCAGGAGUUACGAGGAUCGUUCCAAGAGCAUCGCGCUCGGUCAGGAGGUGUCCCCUCUGCAGGUGUCGGAGCAGAAAAAAUUGGACUUGUCGCGGGUAGGCCCCUUCUUGCCCGGCAUGCCGACUAGAGGGUGCGAGGGCGUACUUCAGGGAGUGAAAGGCUUCGCUCUGCCCGGCGGCGUGUCCACUCCGGCGGAAUUUCUACCCGGGCCCCUCUGGUACCCGCCGUACCCGAUGCCGCAAUCCUAUCCCGGCAUUGAUCCUCUGCACUUUUUCAUCGACUUGCGUGUCUCCGGGCACAUUUGGGAUCGCAAGCACGCCAGUGAGCGGCAGCUGUCUUUCAAGAGCAAACAUUGCUCGGCCUUCAGCGUCCCGCAGUCCAAGGAGUGCGGUAAUCGCCCGUUGAAUCUUACCCGCGACGAGGUCACGACGUCGAAGAAUCCGGACGUGGAGAAUACGCAGGGUACCAAUUACAUUUUGAAGCACCUCAUGAAAACAUACCAGGACAUUCAGCGGAUCAAGACCUCCAGAACGGACCUGUCGAUGGAGAACGAGGAGAAUUCCAAGGAAAUGCAGCAAGCUGGCGAGGACACUGCGAAGGUAGAGGAUCCCGGCAGUACGACGACAAAUUCCGAAGAGGAGAGAAAGGAUUUGCGAGCUCUGAUCGGUCUCGAACUAGUGGUGGACUAUGUGAAAGAACCGAAGGACGACUCGUCGACCGAGCAGACGCCACAAUCGAAGGAGAAGCUACGAGUCUCGGUUCUUGGCGAGAAUGAAGAACUCGAUCGGCGCUGAAAUUCGCUUGGAUGCGAGUUCGACAUGUGAUAUGCACUGUAAAUAGUAAUUAUAAUAGUAUCCCGAUGUAUCUAUAUGUAUCGAUAGAAAGUACUCGUUGUUAUGUAAGUUGAACGUAAUAAAAGCAAUGGGAUUUAACUGCA